AUGGAGGGGAAUGGACCAAAAAAUACCACUAAUUCAAAAAAUAAGCCGAAAAAAACAAAAUUCAUACCAUCAGCUAUGCAAGAAGAAAAUUUAGCUGAAACUGAAGCAAGACGAAUUGUUCAGCACACUCUAGACGACAUAUCUGAGGCUUUACUUCCCGAAUACCACAAUCCACCUGUUGAGGAACCUCAACGAGCUGAAAUUGCUUAUUACAGGUGCCAAACUGAUCAUGUACCUGCUUAUUGA